AUGGGCAAUAGUCACAAAUGCAUUUGCCAUCUGGGACCGACCCCAACCCCUGCAGCCCAGGGACGCUCCUGCGGGGCAACAGCGGAGGUGACCACCGGCCAUCGCUCCUGUCUCUCUCUCUCAGGCUCAGCCAACCUGUGCCAUCUGCCCGCGCAGGAGCAGCCCUUCCCUGCAGCCUGGGCACCCCUGGCAGGGGGGGCACCCCAGGCCCCCCAGGCCCCACCAGCACGUCUGCAGAGGGCCCCAUGUGGCUGCCUCUUCGACCCCCGGGUCUUCCGCAUCCAGUGGACCGCACCCUACGAAAAUCAGAGGAGUGGGGUGGCCCCAGCCCCUCUGGAGCUGCCGGUGUCCAUCCCCGGCUACCAGCACACCGAGGGGCAGUUGGCACAGAUCAACAUCUCCAGCACGGCCACCCCUGUGGGGGCACCCCCAGGCAGCGACGUCCCCCUGGGCAGCAAUGUCCCCCGCAGGCCCUGCGCUGCCGCCCACAACCAAGCCCUCGGGGACACUGCAGGCGACCUUGCAGUGUCCGAGGAGAUACUCCUGGAAGAGGCCCUAAGGCUCUUCGGUUGCUCCCUGGAUGGAGUGGGGGUCAGCCAGGAUGGUCCCAGCAGCGGCCCCAUGCCUGGGGACCCUGCUGGCACCAGCGGAGAGGGGAGAGGGAUGGCCGCAGCCACCCCAGCGCUGCCAAAACCCAUCCCCGGCUACGAGGACAUCGAGGGGCCGUUGGCCAAGAUCAACACCUGCGGCAUGGCCACCCCUGCGGGGGCACCCCCAGGCAGCGACGUCCCCCCGGGCAGCGACGUCCCCCCCAGCCCCUGCGCUGACCCCCACAACCAAGCCCUUGGGGAGCCCGUAGGUGAACUUGCAGCGUCUGAGAAAGUGGCUCUCCAAGAGGCCCUAGUGCUCUUUGAUUGCUCCCUGGAUGGGGUGGGGGUCAGCCAGCAUGCUCCCAGCAGGAGCUCCAUGCCCGAGGACGCUGGUGGCACCGGCGAAGCCACCCCCGACCGCGACUUCAGCUCGCUCUCGCUGCCUGAGGAGCUGCUCACCCCUGACUACUGCAUCCCCGAGCUCAGCGACAUCAUGCUGAGCCUAGAAAUAUUCAACGUCAUCGGGAUGGAGCCCCAGGAGCUGUGGGAGGAUGCCAGGAUGGACCUGCCACCAUCCCCACCUGCCGUGGCAGACAAGCCGAGGAAGAGGCAGGCGCAGAGCUCCUUGCCAAUGCCACCCAGCAAGUGCAGGGCUCUGGCAGCCAACGUGGGGGUGUGAGGGGGGGCUUAG